AUGAGUAUUUUUCAACCUCAACGGAGACGGAACCUAGCAUUAUUGAACCCUAUCCCAGAGCGGCCGUAUAUCACUAUCAACGACACUCCACUCUCUGACAGCAUCGAUGCAGGUGGUGCAGAUAUCGCGCCCGAAGGGCGACCACGGCAGGAUAUCUCAUCGAGUAACGCGAGCCUCGAAGCUCCGACUCCCGACAACAUCAACCCUCUUCGUAGAGCCAAGCAUACCGGUGUCUUCACCGGUAACCAGCACUACUCGUUGCCAGACCGGAAUCACAAAAAAAUUACUUCAUUAUGCGAGAUGAUCAAGCAAGUUCUUGACGACUUCAAUGUUGACGAAAAAGCUCAUUAA